AUGGCGGACGAAGAGRGUGAAGUUGAAAGUUUGAACUUUUUGCCCGAAAAUCUGCGCGAUUCUUUACUUGAUUUUCAAAAACAUGGCGUCCAGUUUGGGAUAAGGAACCAGGGAAGAUGCCUGGUUGGCGAUGAGAUGGGUCUGGGUAAGACUCUCCAAGCUCUUAGUAUUGCUUACUACUACAAGAAUGAUUGGCCUGCAUUGAUUGUGGUGCCAUCAUCAAUGAAAUAUCCAUGGAUUGAAGAGAUUGAAAAGUGGYUGACUGAUCUGGAACCUGGUGAUAUUAAUUUGAUACGAUCUGGUACAGAUAUAAGUAACAUUGCAACAUCCAAGAUUAACAUCCUCGGUUAUGGAUUAUGUAUCGAAAGAAAAAGUUCUCAUCUUCUUGUGAAUGCUUUGAAGGAACAGGCCUUCAAACUUGUAGUAUUGGAUGAGAGCCAUUAUCUUAAAAAUCGAACUACAGGCAGAACUAAGCUCCUUCAUCCUAUUGCAAAAUCAGCAAAGAGAACUAUUCUGCUAUCAGGAACUCCAUCUUUGGCAAGACCAGAGGAGUUAUAUGCUCAGCUAGAUAUGGUUCGUCCUGGGGAGUUUGGAUCAUUUUCCAACUAUGCAACUCGCUACUGUGAAGCGCAUUAUGAAUUCAUUGGCAAAAUAAGAAAGUGGAAUACAAGGGGUGCCUGUAAUUUAGAAGAACUCUAUAGACGUCUACACAAUGGUAUCAUGAUACGCAGACUCAAGAAAAAUGUUCUGACCCAGUUGCCUCCAAAAAGAAGACAAAAGAUUACAUUUGAUAUUCCAGAUUCUGAUUACAAAAAGGAUUUAUUGCAGGCCAAAAAUGAAUUCAAACAACAUCACCAGGUGCUUCAAAGCAAAGAAUCACAACAAAGACAAAAAACUGAAACUUUGUUUGAAUUAAAUAGACUCUCUACAGUACUUUACCAUUAUACUGGACUAGCUAAGGCUGGCUCAGUACAGCAAUACAUCUCUGAUCUCUUGGAUGGUAUGGAGAAUAAGUUCAUUGUGUUUUGCCGGCACAARCAAGUCGUUACUGCUGUAAUCCAACAACUUGCCAAAAAGAGCGUCAGAUACAUUUGCAUUGAUGGCAGUGUGGGUUGGUCUGCUAGAGGGGCUUUAGUUCAGCAAUUCCAAAACAACCCAAAUGUUCGUGUUGCUGUUCUUGCAAUUGARGCUGCAUCUUUUGGCAUUACAUUGACUGCUGCAGACCAUGUGGUGUUUGCAGAGCUUCACUACACCCCAGGGAUCAUGAUGCAAGCAGAAGACAGAGCACACAGGAUUGGUCAGGUCAAUGCCGUCAAUGUCCAUUAUCUUGUAGGUAGAGGGACUCUUGAUGAAGUCCUCUGGAGUAUGCUUAAACGCAAAAUAUAUGUGACAAGUAGUGCUCUUGAUGGUAAACUUGAUGARCUCCAUGCAGAGGAUGGUGAUGAACAAACUGCUAAACAAUUAUCUGCGUGUGCUGCUUGGCUGAAUGAGGAAACGGAAGAGGGUGAUGAAGAUUCAAGGACUUAUUUAUUUUCACAAACAAAAAGAAAAGCUACUAAGCAGAUCGAAGGGCAAAGUGAUUUACGAUCGUUUUUCACGCCGCCAAGUAAAACAUCACAAGACCUGACUGUUGAUUCAGAUGAUGAGUUAAUGGACAUUUCUCUAUCGGUGGAAAAGGCACAGUCCUCSUCAUCUUGCAAUAACAGUCCUUCAGUUAUUAUUAAUGAUAGCAGCGGAGAAGAAGAACUAUGUAACGAAGAUGACUUGGUCAGUAUGCUAGUAGAAGACAGCGACGAAGAUAAUGGUCCCUCUACAAAKCAAGAUAAUGAAGAAAACACCACCCCUACUCAAACCAAAGCGUCUUCYUCAAAUACUUCUCAAGAUCAUUCAGCAAUUAAAAAGUCAGUUCCAAGCAACGCUUGCCACCAUUUUUAUGAKUUCAGUGAGUACGUUGACAGCGAAGACAUCUUUCAGUCAUACAUACAAACUAGUAACGAUAUUGAAAAUGGUGGGCCGACUUCAGUUGACGAAGAAGAGGCGAGCUCAACGUCGUCAACAUUAACUUUAGACUCAGGGGAAGAGGAUUCAGCUGAAAAGACAAUAGGAGAUAAACUUUGUGACAAACAGGAAAAUAAAUGUGAUGGGAAGCAWUCAGUCAAAGAUUGCGAUAAAGAAGAACAAAUGAAAAAUAAAUCAUUCGAAGAAAAAAAGCAGCAACGGAACCCGUUUUCGUUGAAGCAAAAAGAUGCGAGCUCACCACUGGAAAGAAGAAGACGAGUGUUAGUAAAGGAAAAGACCACUGAGACCGAUUCUGACGAUGACGACUUUCUAUCGCCAAUGCCUAAGCCCAAGACAAACCUUUAUAACGUAGACUCUAUAUCCUUAGAUGCGGGUACAAGGAGAGAAGAAGACGAAACUUACUACACCGUCAAUGAAAGUUCCUCGGCUGCAUUUAACGCAAGUUCUUCCACGACAUGUAACGCAAGUUCUUCCACGACAUGUAACGCAAGUUCUUCCACGACAUGUAAUGGAAGUUCUUCCAUGGCAUGUAACGCAAGUUCUUUCAAGACAUGUAACGCAAGUUCUUCCAUACCAUGUAACGCAAGUUCUUCCACGACAUGUAACGCAAGUUCUUCCACGACAUGUAAUGGAAGUUCUUCCAUGGCAUGUAACGCAAGUUCUUUCAAGACAUGUAACGCAAGUUCUUCCAUACCAUGUAACGCAAGUUCUUCCACUAGAUGUAACGCAAGUUCUUCCACGACUUGUAACGCAAGUUCUUCCAUGGCAUGUAGCGCAAGUUCUUCCACGACAUGUAACGCAAGUUCUUCUACGACAUGUAACGCAAGCUCUUCCAACAAGUCUACUAACGCAAGCUCUUCCUGGUCGUGUAACGCAUGUACGUUCAUUAAUGACCCUCAGAUGGUUGAAUGUUCAAUCUGUUUUACUCUGUAA